AUGCUUGCACGGAAACUUCCCUGCCAUCUCUUCUUCAACUGGUGCAGUGAUUCAUAUAUUCGUGGUUAUUCGGGCUAUCACUCAGCUACAUAUUACUUGAACUCUCAUAUAAACUCCUUUCUCUCCAACCAAACCCCUGCUACUUUGCAGCAGCUUCUGCAAUCCCAUGCUCUCAUCAUCACCACAGGAAAUGCAGGGAAUGUAUUUGUAUCAUCAAAGCUCAUUGCUUUCUAUGCAGCUUUCAACCAAACCCGUUGCUCCAGACAAAUUUUUGAGCUGGUCGACGAGAAGGACACAUUUCUUUGGAACUCCAUUAUCCACUCUCACUUCUCGAAUGGUAAUUAUGCUGUGGCAUUCGACUUUUAUAUCCGGAUGCGGUUGCAUAAUGCAUCACCCAGUCAGUUCACUAUUCCCAUGGUUGUUUCCUCCUGUGCUGAGCUUCAGUGGCUGAAGGAGGCGAAAACUGCACAUGGUUUAGUGGUAAAGUCUGGCCUUUUCAUGGAGAACUCAGCAGUCUGGUCAUCUUUUGUAUACAUGUACGCAAAGUGUGGGGUCAUGAAUGAUGCAUCUCUUGUGUUCAACGAAAUUUCUGAAAGAGAUGUAGUGUCAUGGACUGCUCUUAUAAUAGGCUAUGUACAGAAUGGUCAGAGUGAAAGGGGUCUAGAGUGUAUCCGUGAGAUGCAUGGGAAUGAUCUCGAUGGAGAGAGAAUGAAUUUUAGGACACUUGAAGGAGGAUUUCAAGCCUGUGGGAAUUUGGGUGCUUUGGUUGAAGGUAAGUGUUUACAUGGUUUUGCUGUGAAAACUGGACUUUGGUGUUCGCAAGUUAUUCAGUCUUCCCUUUUGUCAAUGUAUUCCAAGCUUGGAAGCGUCGAAGAAGCUCUCGGUUCUUUCUCCGAAGUGUACAAUAAGGAUCUUUUCUCAUGGACAUCAAUUAUAGGAAUUCAUGCUAGGCUAGGACUUAUGAAUGAUUGCAUGUCCUUGUUUUGGGAUAUGCUAGGUGUUGGCUUGAAUCCAGAUGGGAUUGUUAUGAGUUGCAUGCUUCUGGGUUUUGGUAAUUCAUCGAGUGUGACUGAAGGAAAAGCUUUUCAUUGUACUAUCAUAAGAAGAAACUUUGCCCUAGAUCAGAUUGUCACUGAUGCAUUGCUAUCUAUGUACUGCAAGUUGGGACAUAUAAGACCAGCAGAGAAGCUCUUUCAUAGGCUAAACAAACAGAAUACUGAGUCUUCAAAUUCCAUGGUAUGUGGUUAUGCCAAGGCGGGAAGGGAAGACAAGUGCAUAGACCUUUUCAGAGAGAUGCAAAAACUGGGCUUCAAACCAGAUCCCAACGCAUUGGUCGCUGUAAUCUCUGCUUGUUCCCAGAUGGGAGCGACUGCCACCUUUUGCCGCUCCUUACACUGUUAUACUAUGAAGAAUUUCAUGGAAGACAAUAACUCUGUUGUCAAUUCACUCAUCGACAUGUAUGGAAAGAGUGGUAAGUUGACCAUUGCAGAAAGGAUUUUUCGUGGGUCUCAUAGAGAUGUUGUCUCUUGGAACACAAUGAUCGCAGUAUACUGUCAUGGGAAGUGUUUUGUGGAGGCUAUUGCAUUGUUUGAGGAAAUGGUACAGCAAAAUGUUAAUCCUAACUCCGCCACAUUUGCAACGGUGCUCUCUGCUUGCUCUCAUCUUGCUGACCUUCAGAAAGGGGAAAAGGUUCACCGUUUGAUUAGGACUGAUGAGCAAAAUGUAUCUCUUGCAACUGCUUUAGUCGACAUGUAUGCCAAAUGCGGUCGACUCGACAAAUCAAGAGAAAUAUUCAACUCAAUGAAAGUCAAAGAUUCCAUUUCCUGGAAUGUUAUGAUAUCAGGGUACGCAAUGCAUGGAGAUGCGAUAUCUGCAAUCGAGAUAUUCGAGGAAAUGGAGGAGCAGACAAAUAUCAAGCCAAAUUCCCUAACGUUCCUGUCUCUCCUUUCAGCUUGUGCACACUCGGGUCUUGUUGAGGAAGGGAAACGCCUAUUUGGGAAAAUGAAACAACAUUCUGUGAGGCCAAAUCUUAAGCAUUAUGCUUGCCUUGUGGACGUUCUUGGAAGAUCAGGCAGUUUACUUGAGGCUGAAGAGUUGGUUUUGUCAAUGCCCAUUUGUCCUGAUGGUGGCAUCUGGGGUGCUUUGUUAGGCGCUUGUAAGAUUCAUGACGACUUCAUAACAGGGAUAAGGAUAGCAAAGCAAGCGAUUAAGACGGAUCCGAAAAACGAUGGAUACUAUAUAGUAUUGUCUGAUAUGUAUAGCUCCAUUGGAAAGUGGAAGGAGUCGGAACGAGCAAGAGAGAUGAUGAAGGAACAGGGUAUAGAGAAGACUACUGGAUGGAGUUUUGUCUAA